AUUAUGUAAAUAAUCAAAAAAAAAACAAUAAAGUUAUAACCACGUGGACAUGAGUUGACGACUCAUCUGGAUUUUUGCUUUAUACAUUAAACUUUUCGACACAUAAAGCAAAAUGAAAUUCAAUCCUACAUGGGUUUACAUAGUUUCAUUUGUGGAUUUGUUUGCUGUUAGCCUGUCUAUACCUCUGCUAUCUGCACAUCUCAGGACACUAGGAGCAUCUCAUAUUUUAAUUGGAGUCUCCAGUUCACUGUAUGCUGGAACACAGCUGAUCAGCGGGCCUAUUGUCGGAAGUUGGAGUGACCAAAAAGGACGACAAGUAACUUUAUUAAUCAGUCUGACAAUAUGUGCAAUUUGUUAUAUGUUCCUGGGUAGUAUUAAAUCUCUAUGGAUGGUAUUAAUAAUCCGAGCUGGAUUGGGUACUUUCAAACACAUCCAAGUCUUGGCACGGACCAUUUUAUCUGACAGAGUAUUACCAGAGGAACAAAGUAAAAUCUCUGGCCGUUUGACCGCUCUGUCAAGUGCGGGUUUCAUUGUUGGGCCCGCAAUUGGUGGACACCUUACAGAAUUUGAAGAUGGAUUUUCUUACCUAUGUUACUGCACUGCUUUAUUGUUUGCUGUCAAUAUUGGAAUAACGUAUUUAUUUCUCUGUGAUCCACCCAAAGCUGGAUCACCAGAUGAAACCAAGGCAUCUCUUGAUAAAAAGCAGUAUCUGAGUCUAAGACAGCAAAUGUUGUCUGUAGUGCGCCAUUUAGUCAAUGUUGAUUGGACAAUUUACGGAGAUAUAUUUGCUCUAAAGUUCCUAAUGGCUGUUUCCCUUGCAACAUUCACAUCAAAUUAUUUUGCCAAUGUUCAGGAGACGUACAAUAUUUCGCCUCGUUGGGCAGGCUACACGAUUUCAUUUCAAGGUCUAAUAGGAUCUUCGGCAGGCUUAUUGGCUGGUUGGGUAGACCAGAAGUUGUACAAAAACGAUCUAAGCUUCAAGCAGCGUAAUUUACAUGGAUUUAUAAUCAUGACAAUAUCUUAUGUAGGACUUUUCACUGCCCCGACUUUACAUUUCUUCAUGCUUAGUAUCGUACCGCUUAGAGCAGCUAGCUCUUUACUAAGAAUAGUUGAAAUGGACAUGGUCUUAAGAAGAUGUCCCCCAACGCAACGAGGCUCUUUAGUUGGCACUAGCAACAGCAUAUCUAAUAUUGCCCGUCUUGUAGCACCGGUGCUUGCAGGCUUCAUGGGAGAUAUGUACGGGACCAGAAGCGCGAUUUUAUUAUCUACAGUAUUGACCGUCCUAGGUAUAAUUGUUUCAUUAAUGGUCAGACCAUACAAGCCUAUUCAAACAAAGGUUGACUAACUUGAAAUGUUAUCUGCAUGGAUGUGCCUUUAUAAUAUUAAUUAAAGCUUCUGUUGCUCUUUAUGCUUCGAAUUUUAGUAUUUUCUGUGGGUAUAACCAUGCUGGAUAAAGUCAUUCUUCUAGCAUCAAGUAUUUUAACAAGUUACACAUACACAAGAUGUUGCAUUAUUUCAAUUUAGUUAUCCGCUCAAAAUAACCACAGGUGACCCUAUUGUAUGUUGUAGCAUACACAGUUUCCGCAAUUUUGUUAAAGAUAAAAUUUGAUCAACCUAGUCCUUGCUAUUUGUAACGAAACGCCACAUUGAUAAAUGCAGAUGAAUUAUUUACCGAUCCUGCUAAAAGUGGGUUUUGAAAUAAACUUUAUGGCUGUCUGAUAAUUCCAUGUACCUAUGAAAAAA